AUGCCGCCGGCUGCUUGCCUCCGGUGCGGGAACCGGGCUGUCAUAAAGAGACCCAAGAACCACCACAAAUUAUGCAAGGAAUGCUUCCUCUCGGUCUUUGAAGAUGAAGUGCAUCAUACCAUAACCUCAUCCAAGCUCUUUUUCCCCGGCGAAAAAAUCGCAAUCGGCGCGUCGGGUGGUAAAGACUCGACGGUGUUGGCGUCGGUCUUGAAAACACUGAACGAGAGACACAACUACGGCCUGGACUUGGUACUGUUGAGUAUCGACGAAGGCAUCAAAGGAUACCGGGAUGAUUCAUUAGAGACAGUGAAGCGGAACGCUGUCCAAUACGACAUGCCGCUGAAAAUUGUGGGCUACGAUGAGCUUUUCGGCUGGACCAUGGAUCAAGUCGUCGAGACUAUAGGGAAGAAGGGAAAUUGCACCUACUGCGGUGUUUUCCGUCGACAGGCCCUCGACCGUGGAGCCGGCUUGUUGGACAUCAGGCACGUCGUUACGGGUCACAACGCUGACGAUGUCGCCGAGACCGUCCUCAUGAACCUGUUACGAGGCGACUUGCCUCGCUUGUCACGGAGCACGAGUAUCGUUACUGGCAGCGCCUCCACUGGUAUUCAAAGAAGCAAGCCGCUGAAGUACGCAUACGAGAAGGAAAUUGUACUGUAUGCACAUCACAAAAAAUUGGACUACUUCAGCACGGAAUGCAUCUACAGCCCAGAGGCGUUCCGCGGGACUGCCCGUACACUUAUCAAAAGCUUGGAGAAGAUGCUUGUGGAUGCGACGAAGGCGAAGGAAUGGGAGGGUGCGGAUCGGCGAAUGCGCGGACCUCCGGAGGCGAACUCGCAGAAAUGGAGGCUGCACUGA